AUGACUUGGGCAGAUUUGGUGCAGGCUUUUAGCAAGAAGUAUUACUGUGCGGCCGUGUUAGCAACCAAAGUAGAUGAGUUCAUGACUUUGGUUCAGGGAAAUCUAUCUGUCCUCAUUAUACAAAGAAGUUUGAUAGGUUGGCAAAAUUCGCUCUUGAAGUUGUACCAACUGAAGCUCUGCGAGUCCAAAGAAUUGGGAGUUGGCAAUGCUCAUGUGUUGGAAUCAUUUUAUGUUGAUGAACAGAAGAUUAUCUUCUCUUAUUGGUUGUUUUUGUGUAGAACGGUGAGGAAGAUUGUGAAUUUGGAUGAUCACAUUGCAUUGGCCUGUGCUAGGCUCAAAGCUGAUGCUUGUGCCUUGAUAAAUAAGGUGAGAAUUGAAUGUCAAAGCCACCAACUUACGGUUGAGAAUCCAGUAACUGUUGAGUAUAUUACUCGCUACAUUGCUUGUCUUCAACAGAAGUAUACACAAAGUGGUGGUGUUAGACCAUUUGGGCUUUCAACCUUGAUUAUUGGCUUUGACCCAUACACAGGUGCACCGGCACUAUAUCAGACAGAUCCUUUUGGGACAUUUUCAGCCUGGAAAGCAAAUGCCACUGGAAGAAACUCUAACUCAUUACGUGAGUUUCUCGAGAAAAACUACAAGGAGACAGCUGGGCAAGAAACCGUCAAGCUCGCCAUUCGUGCUUUGCUUGAGGGGAAUCAGCAACGAAGAGAAAGUACAUCUGAGGCAAAAACUGGUAUCCCAUUUAAGAGAAGAAAACUAUCAGACAACUCUCAUGUUGGCUAUGCUGAUCUCAAAAAUUGCUCGAAUUGA